ACGUGAUCAAGCCAAAUGGGGCCCUCAUAUAAGGCAAGGCACAGGCGAGUUACUGUCAGACGCUGCAAUGGCAAAAUACGUGGUAAGUGCCAGAAGUUUGAGGAGAGCGUCGGGACGUCACUGACGCUGGUUCUUAUCUUAGCCUUCGCUUUCGCAGCGGUAGCGCAUCCCCACUGGGGCCCAGGACCCCGCCACCCUGGCAACUAUGAGUGGGGCAGGGGCCGUUUUCCGGGUGCUUACUAUCCUGGCCGAUCGGGUGUACCCAUCGUCAUCAUUGUGGAAGAGAGGCCAGCACCUACGGCAUCUACCACUGCUGCUCCCACGGUAGCUGCCAAUGCUACGACGCCUGUACCAGCUCCCAGCCCUGCUGUCACCCCAGCUGUCACCCCUGCUGUCACCCCAGCUUAGGGAAUUCUGCUCUACCACGGAGCUCCUCAUGUCCUCCGGUCGCUGUGGACUGAGGUCCUACUGCUUUCCAUACUUAUGACUUUGAGAAAUAAAACAUAAUUUGCUUCCUA